AUGUCCACCCCCAAAUGGCAUGCAGCCAACGGCGCCACCGCCCCGUCCUCACCCUCGGCCAACAUGGAAAUAACCGCCUACCCAACAACCGACAUCUGGCGCCGCGACGCCACCCCAGCCGGCGACGUCUUCAACGCCCCCUACAUUUACAUAACCACGACCUCGAAAAACUUCAAACGCCUGGCAACCACAGUCACCGUCCCCUGGAAAACCCAAUUCGAUCAGGGAGGUCUCUUGAUUUCAUUCCCUAAUACAGCCUCAUCGGAGCCAGAUAAAGCAUGUCGCUGGAUCAAAGCCGGGAUCGAGCUUUUCGAGGGUAAACCCGCUUUAGGUGUCGUAGGCACCGAUAGGUUUUCUGAUUGGAGUUUGGCGCCUAUGCCACGUGGGGCUGGGGGUGAGGAGGGGGAUCAGAGGACUGCGAGAUUCGAGGCUGUGAGGGAUGGGACGACGUUGUGGGUUUAUGUUGUUGUUGGUGGGGAGAGGCAGGCCUUGAGGGAGGUCAAGUGGGCUUUUUUGGAUGAAGGGGAGGAUGGGAAUGGGGUGGAGAUGAAGCUUGGGGUCUAUGCUGCUAAGCCUACGCCUAAUAUGGGGGAUGAGAGGGCGGGGGUGGAGGUUAGUUUUGAGGGGUUGGAGGCGGAGAUUGAGGGUGCUUGA